AUGAAUCAUCAUAAUAUGAUUCCAAAUUCAUUUGAUGAAAAUGAAAAAGACGAGUUAAAAGAUAAUAAAUUAUUAAAAAAUUUUUCUGUUGAAAAAUCAUCUUCAAAUUAUAUUGUUACUAAAACAUUAAUAGAAAAAGAAAUAACAGAAAAAGUUGUAGAACGUAAAAGAAAUAUUAGUGAAAAUACUAUUAAUAGAAGAUUUUCUUCAACUGGUUCAUUUAGAAAAAAACAUUAUCACAAAGAUAAUCAAAAUAUUAUUGAUAAUAAUACAUCAAAUUUAAAUCAUUUACUAGAAAAUACAGAAAUAAUUUGUACUGGAUCUAAAGAUCAUUGUUUUUUAGUAAUAGAUUCAAAUUAUGAAGAAAAUAAACUACCAUUGAAACAUUUUUGGAUUAAAAAAAUUGAAGAUAAAAUAUAUGAUAUAAAUUCAUGUAAAAAGUUUUUAAAUUUAGGAAAUAAUAUUACUUUUACUGAAACAGAAACUUUUGAUUUUUAUGAAGAUAUGACAAUAUAUAAUUCUCCAUCUUAUAGAACAAAAAGUAUGGAUCAAAAUUUAGCUCAUUUAAUUGAAGGUAAGGUAUGUAAAAUUCGUGAAACAAAUAACAGAAGACAUACUGGAGUUAUUUCAUUAAAUGGAUUUGAAUUUUUUCCACUUGAUUUUGAUGUUGAUAAUGAUUUAACAGAUAUACAGGUUUAUGCUUCUAUAAGACAACAUAUUCUUGAUGGAAAAAUGAACGAUGAUUUGGAAAAAUAUUUUAAAAUGAUAAAAUAUGAAAUUAAUAAUGAAUCUAAUUCAUAUGAAAAGAAAACUAAAUAUUCAAAAUAUUUAGAAAAAUUAUUUAAAACAUUUUCAAAAGAAGAUUAUCCAUUAUUAAAUAAAGAAUUAGAAGAUAUUAUUACUGAAAAAUCAAAGAAAAAUAAUGAUAUUAUAGAACAAUCAGAUAAAAUUGUAGUAUCUAGUGAACCUAUAAAGUCAGAUAAUUAUGACUAUAUUACUAAUAAUAUAAAUAAUGAUGAUAAAAACAAAUACAAGGAAAUGAUUAAAAAUGAUAACAAUUCAUUAAUUGAUUCAUUUGUCAACAUGAAACAUAUUAAUGAUACUGAUAUAAAUAAAAAUCAAAUGUUUGAAAUAACAAAAUUAGCUCCAAUUAAAGAAUUUGAAAAUAAUUUAUUAAAAAAAUAUGGCAUUGUUGAAAAAACAUUAUCUUUUAGUAGCGAGACAACACAAUCGACUUCUCCUGAUCAAGAUUAUAGAUAUGAUUUUGAAACAAAAAAUAAUAGUUGUUAUGAAAUAGAAAAUGAUUUAUCACAAAAUUCACCAUUUAUUUUAAAUGAAUCAGAUCUUUCUGAUAUGAAUAGUGAUGGUGAGAAAGAAAUUAAAAAUUUGCAUGAAACAAAAAUACAUAGUGAGGAAAAAUUGUAUGAUAGAUAUGAAAAUAAUAUGUCACAUUAUACAUCAGAAGAAAUUGAUUACAAUGUAGCAACAAAAACUGUUCACAAAACAAUUUUAGAAGAAAAUAAUACUGAUAAUGGUAAAUGUAUAGAGGAAGAAAAUUUUUCAAACAAAAAUAUUAAUAAUUAUAAGAGUAAAACACAUACAAAUGUUUAUUCUUUAGAUUCACAUUCCAGUUCAAUUGACUAUAGUGCAAAUAUUAUUUCUAAUAUUGAAAAAGACAAUAAAUUAAUGUCAAACAAUAAUAAUUAUUCAAAUAACUUUUCUAAUAUGGACACUUUUGAAGAUAAUAUUAAUACUACUAUUCUUUCUGAUCCAUUUAUAUCAAAUACCUCAAUGUAUAAUAUUUCUUUAAUUGAAAAAAAUAUAACAAAUAAAUCUUUAGAGAAUAAUUCUUUAUAUAUAUAUGAUGAUGAAGAGAGACAUAAUACUAAUAUAGAUGAAAAAUUAUGUUUUGAUGGAGAAAAAUUUUAUAAUGAUUAUAAUUUUAUUAAUGAAAAUAAUGUAAUUUCAAAUUUUUUAACAAAUAAUAAAGAUAAACAAAUGAAUGUAGAAUGUACCAAUUCAAAAAUAAAUAAUUCAAUUGAUAAUAUGUCUUCAAAUAUAAUAAAUGAUGCAAUUAAUGAUUCUAUAAUGAAAACUACCGAUGAUAAAUUAUAUUUCUAUGAUACUAGAAAGACCAAUGAAACAGAUGUUAGUAAAAUUGAAUGUCAUACUUCUGUGUCUAUUACAGAAGAUGAAUAUUAUACAACUAAAAUUGAAAAAAUAUCUAUGAUUCAGGAUGAAAAAAAAAUUCAUCAAGAAAACAAUGAUAAAAUAUCUAAAAUUAUUAAUAAACAAUUAGAGAAAGAUGAUAUAAAAUGUAAUAUUAAAUCAUCUGAAGAAAGAGACAAUUUAAAGGAUAAUAGUGUUUAUUACAAUAAAAAUACAAUAUAUGACUCUGGUGAUUCAAGCAACAUAUCUAACAUUGAUCAUAGAAUAAAAAGAAAAAGAUCCAUUUCUUGUAAUGAUUCAAUAUUUCAUAAAAAUAUUAAAAAUUCAGAUGAAUUCUUAUAUAUUGAUGAUGAAAAAUUUAAGAUUGUUGAGAAGACAACUGUCAUAAAAGAGUAUUUCAAAAUAAAAGAUGACUCAAAUUUUCAAAUACCUUCAAAAAAACUUUUAAAAGACCUUGAUCACAAAAAAGAUUAUACAUCAAUUGAUGAUAAUUUAAAAGUUACCUCUUCUUCUAAACAUGAAAGAUCCAAAUCAACAAAUUGGGAUUUUAGUAAUUCAAAAAAUUAUUCAAAUUCUGAUAAAGACAUUUCUAAAGUAAGAAGAUAUAGGUCAUCUUCACAAAGUAAUUUAAUUAAAGAGAAUUUCUUAACUGAUUCAUUAUAUAAAAAAAAAGGAACAAUAAAUACAGAUUGUAAAAGUAUUUACAGAAGUUCUGGAAGUUUAACAAUUGUUGACAAUCAUAUUUAUAAAAAGUCAUCAUCAGAAAGAAUAAUUGAAAACAAAACUAAUAAACAUAUUUUUGUUAAAGAUAACAAAAAUGAAAAAAAAUUUAUUUAUAACAACAAUGAAUUGGAAAGUUUUGAAAAUAUUGAAUUAGUAUAUCAAACAAAUAAUGAUGAGUAUUCUUUUAAAAAUAGUAUAAAAACAAAAUAUCCAAAAAAUGUUAAGGAACACAUUAAAAAUUUAGAAAAAUACCAUGAUAGUAAUAUAUCAAAUAUAAAUUCAGAAGAAAAAGAUGAAGUUGAGGAAUUAAAAAGCUUUUCACUUACUAAACAACAUGAAAAAGGAAACAACAAUUUAUUUUUUCCUAAUACUAAAAUAGAAAAGGAUAUUUAUAAAAAUAUUGAUAAAAACAUCAAUGAUAAAUCAGAUGGUGACUUUCCAUAUGCAUUAGAAAAAGAUAUACCAAUAAAAUCUGAAGAAAUAAUAAAAAUGAAUAAAUAUAUAAGAGGAGAUAAUUGUUUAUCUAAAAAUACAAAUAAUGAUAAAUUAAAGUUUGAAAAAGAAGAUAUGAAUGAAACUUUAAAAAAUAUAAAACAAUUUAAUAAACCAUUAUUUUCAACAAGUAAGGAUAACAAAAUGGAAGAUGAAAUUAUAAGUAAAGAAGUUAAAAGUGUUGAAAAAGAUAUUUGUGUUUUAGAUAAACCAUUGCCUGUACCUGUUACACUAGAAAAUUGGGAAUAUGAUAGUUGUUUUAGUGACGAUCAGUCAAGUAGUAUUCAUAAUUUGAUGAAAAAUCAAAAUUUUGAAAAUAUUUCUUUAUCCAAUUCAAUUUCUCCAAUAAUGUUUCAUAAUAAUAAAACAUUAGAGGACAAUAAACUAGUAAGUUAUGGAAAUGAAGAGGAUAAAUUAAUAAAAAUACCAGAAAAUGAUAUUGAUAAUAAAAACAAUUUAUUGGAAAAGAAUUUUACAAACAUUAGUCAACAAAAAAUGCCUAUUUCAGGAGAUGAAAAAGAAAAAUUGAUAAAUACAGAAAUAUUUAUUCUUUCUAAAUCUCUUGAAUUAGAAGAUGAAAAAUUAGUGUUAAAGAAUGAUAAUUGUGACAAAAAUUUAUUACAUUUCCGUAAUAAUAUCAACAAAAGAGAUUAUAAUACACUUAAAAACAACCAUAAUACAAAUAUUGUUGAUGGGAGUGUUAGUGAUAGUAUUGAAACAUCCCUUGUUGAUAUAGUAAAGAAAGUUAAAGAGCAGAAUGGAAUAUAUAAAUAUAAUGACACAAAGCGAAAAACGCACAAAGAUAUUGAGGAAACUAAAAAUAUUGAGGAUUCGCCAAUUCAGGAAAUUAAUAAAUCUGUUUUCGAUAAUUUAAAAAAAACAUUCGAUAUCAGUAAAAAUCAUAGAUAUUUAAAUACAAGAAAAUCAAUUAAUUCAAACGAUAGUACUUCAUCAGAAGAUUUUAGAAAUUCACCAAUAUUUAAUAAAAUACAAAAAUCAGAUAAAAAUAGAUUUAAAGAAUAUAAUAAGGAUAAAUAUAAUAAUUAUAAAGUAGAAACAUCUUCUAAUUUAUCAUCUGAUUUUGGCGAACCCUAUUACCAUAGUUCUUUCAAAUUAUCAACAAAUCAUUCAAAAAUAGUAUUUGAUAAACCAAUUCCUUUGUUUAGUCAACAACUUUAUAGAGAAAUGACAAGUAAUACAAGAGAUUCAUCACCUAGUAGUAUUUCAUCAGAACAUUGUAAUGAACUUAUAAAUGUUGAUGAAAACUCUGUUCUUCGUAAUUGGAAUCCAGAAAAAUUAAUUAAUCAACUUUAUAAGAUUGAUUAUGAACCACAUAAAGAAUCAAAAAGAAAUCGUUUUAUAAAUAUGGAAGGACAUUUAGAAGUACCAAAUACUGAUACUAAUAUUAUACCUGAACUUGAAAAAAGUUGGAAACGUCGAUAUUUUAAAACAAAAGAAGGUCGUUUAACAUGGUAUGCAACUCAUUAUGCUGAUGAGAAUCCUGAAGGAGAUAUUUUGUUAUCUGGAACUGAUAUUGAAUGUGACAAAAAUGAAGGAAUUUUUUUCAUUCAUGGAGGAAUGGAAAAUGCUAAAAUAAAAGUAAGAGUUCCAAGAGAACCUGAAGGUUUAUUUGAAAAAUGGAGAAGAGCAUUAUUAAGUCAUUCUUCAUCAAGUAUUCUUGAUGCAUAUGUCCAACCAAUUGCUAAAAAAAUACCACAUUCAAGUGAAAAAAUUGUUAUUCUUGAUUUAGGAUCAUGUUCAAUAAGAGGAGGUAUUUUAACAAAAGAACCAUCAUUACCACAAUCAUUUUUCCCUGCUAUUGGUGUUUAUAAAAAUGAUGGAAGUGUUGUUGUUGGAUUAGAAGCAUUAAAACCAGAAAAUAGACACAAUGGUGUUUUACAUCAACCAAUUCCAAAUUCAGAUUUAGCUAUUGAAAAAUAUAAAAUUAAUAAAACAAUAUUAAAAGCAUGUAUUAAUAAAGUAAUAAAUGAUUUGAAAAUUGAUCCAACAAAAUAUAAGGUAUUACUUUCAUUACCCCAAAAUAUUCCACCAAUACUUCUUGGGGAUAUACUCAAAUUACUUCUUGAUCAAGGAUAUUUCAAUGGAGUAUCAGUAACAAGACAACCAUCUUUAAUUCUUUAUAGUUAUGAUGUAACAACAGGUGUUGUUGUAGAUAUUGGAGAAAGACUUAAUAUUGUUCCAGUAAUUGAUGGUUAUAUUGUUGAUAAUGCAGUAAUAAAUUUGCCUUAUGGAGCAUUACAAAUUGAAGAUUGUCUAAGAGUUAAAUUAAAUGAAACAAAUGAAGGUUUUUAUUCUUUUCAAGGUCCAGUUGAAAGAAUGAUUUUAAGAUACUUAAUGGAACAAGCAUGUUAUGUUUCAAAUAAUUAUGAUAAAGAAGUUAAAAAUUGUGGAGAAAAUGAGAAUGUUGAAGUUUCAUUAGAUGAUUUUGAACCAACAUCAAAUAUGAAGACAAAAUUUUUAAUUAAUGCUUCAAGAUUUAUAGCAACUGAAGGUCUUUUUAAACCAAGUAGAUGGGGUAUUGAGGGUAAAGGAUUACAUCAAUUAAUAAAUGAUGCUGUACAAUUAUCACCAAUCGACAGUCGCAGAACCUUAUAUAAAAACAUAUAUUUGUCAGGAGGUACAUCAUUACUUCCAAAUCUUGCUGAACGUCUUGAAAAUGAAAUUAUGAAACUAGUUCCACCAACAAUUCAUAUCCAAGUUCAUACAUCACCAUGGCGUUAUCAUGCUGCUUAUCUUGGUGCUCAAGUUCUUGCUUCAAGUUGCACUUUUGAUUCAAAUUGUGUGUCAAAUAGUCAAUUAACUGAAUUUGUUAAUCAACUUAAAAAUUCCGCCUUUUAA